AUGAUGUCCACAGAGGAGCCAGGGCCGGCCGCCGAGGUGAGCGCAGACUGGAGAGAUUACACCCAGCUAAAAGAGCCUUAUGUAACGGCCAGAUGGGCUUUAAAGGAGACGUGUGGACCGGGCUUUUUGGGGGGUUUUGACCGCGUCGCUCAGCGAGAGGGGUGUGGUCUCCUCUCUGGAGGAAAGUGUCCUGCAUCUUCCCCCAGGACCUGUUUCAUUUUGUUCUGUCCUGUCCCCGUCAGCGUCUGCAUCGGGGCCGUGAGGUCCACCGCUCAGACUGAGGCAGCCGGGGCCACAGCACCCCACGACUCCGUGAAGCUGAUCAAGUUUGCGGACGACACCACCCUCAUUGGACUCAUCUCCAACAACGAUGAGUCCGCCUACAGGAGGGAGGUGGACCGGCUGGUGUCCUGGUGCAGUGGUAACAACCUGGAGCUGAACGCCCAGAAGACAGUGGAGAUGAUUGUGGACUUCAGGAAGAGCACUGUCCCCCCACCCCCACCCUCCGUGAUGGACUCCCCCAUCACCUCUGUGGAGUCCUUCCGUUUCCUGGGCACCACCAUCACCCAGGACCUCAAGUGGGAGCCGACCAUCAGCUCCCUCAUCAAGAAGGCCCAGCAGAGGAUGUACUUCCUGCGGCAGAUCAGGAAAGCCAAGCUGCCUGCACAGAUGUUGGUGCAGUUCUACACAGCCGUCAUCGAGUCCAUCCUCACCUCCUCCAUCACCGUGUGGUUCGCUGGAGCCACAGUCAGGGACAAACAGAGACUACAGCGCAUUGUGCGCUCUGCAGAGGAAGUGAUCGGCCGCAGCCUUCCAUCAACCACUCCCCUCAGGCAGGAGGCUGCGGUCCAUCAGGACUAG